UCUGUCCUUUGGAGACUUGUCCAUAUUUGUUUGAGGCAUCGUGAUGGGACCCGACUGAGACCCAGGGAAACGCAGAUCCAGCAAAGAAGCAUAUUAUGCCAGAUGUGAAGAAUGAGUUCUUAUGCUGAGAUCUGUGGAUCGGAACAUGCGCACACUGCUGCUGCUGAGGAAGGAUAUCAUCGCUAUGGGGUUCGGUCCUAUCUGCAUCAGUUUUAUGAAGACUGCACUGCUUCUAUCUGGGAACAGGAGGAAGACUUUCAGAUACAGAGAUCACCAAGCAGGUGGAGCUCUGCAUUCUGGAAGGUUGGACUCAUUUCUGGAAUCCUCAUUUUACUAAUCGGCUUGACAGUGUUUGCAGUUGGGUUCUUUGUGCCACCAAAACUUGAGGCAUUUGGAGAAGAAGAUUUCCUGGUUGUUGAUGGCCAUGCAGUACAAUUCAACAUAGCCCUUGAUGUAUGCAAGCUAGCAGGAGCUGUUCUGUUUUGCAUUGGAGGGACAACAGUUGCUAUAUGUCUAUUGAUGUCUGUUUUUGCCAAAAGUUACUCCAAAGAAGAAAAAUAUCUUCAACAGAAGUUUAAAGAGAGAAUAGCAGAUGUUCAAGCACAUUUGCAGCCCGUGACCCGACCACCAGCUCCAGGAGAAUCCAAAAUACCUGUCACUUUGUCAAAAGUACAAAAUGUGCAACCAGUGUCUGAGACCUGAUGUUAAUUGUUUAAUAUAUAAAAUUAUGUUGUCUGGUGUAGGUCAGUUCAUGGGAUUAUAUAAGAUUUCAGAUGCAUAUAUGAGAAAAUGAUAUACACCAUUCCAUUUUUUAAAAAGAUUUUUUUUCAAACUUGGUAUACCUUUAUAAAAAUCUUACAAUCUGAAAGCACAGUUAUAGUGCUUUUUUCAGAACAUCCUUUUACAAAUGCUUUUUAGGAAUCAUAGUAGUCUGUAUAUACCGCACACUGCCAAAAAGACAGAAAAAAGUUACUAUGACAUAGUCUGAAAAGUAGAUCUACCAACUGUAAUGCAUAUCACCAUAGUGCCAAAAUAUUAAAAAACUGGAACUUUUAUGAACUUAUUGGGAAUGUAGCCAAAGCUUUUUUAAAACUAAGGUACUAUGAUAAACCUGGUUUCAUGGAAAAAUAUUACCGAAUGUAAAAAAACAGUGUCCACCCUAAUGGUUAGAGAACAUACUAACAGAAGCAUAACUAAAAAUCAUUAUCUUCCAGAACUGUACUUUCAAAAAAUUAAUUCAUACUUUAGCAUUUAUAUAAUGUUUUACAUGUUGCUUUCUUUAUAUACCAUCUGACAAAUCCAUGCAUUAGGUAGAUGUAGGGAACUGAAGAUAUAAAUGUAUAACAGAGGCUGUGAGUUUUCCAGGAGUGAUACAGAUCGUGUAGACAAGCUUCUUAAAAAUAUUAUCAUAACAUUUUUCUUGUGUUAAAAAAAAAAAAAAAAGAAGAAAGAAAAGAAAAAGCUGUAUUUUCAAAAUCUGGGCUUUGUUGCUUUGCUGAUAAACUUGAGGCUUGAGAGAAGCAUGUGUUGGCUUUUAAUUAACGCAAGCCACUCUAUGUUUCAUCAUUUCUUUGGCAAGUGCAUUGUUGUGUUUGGAUUGCAAUAGCAUCCAUUGUUUCAAGAUGACAUAUACAAGCAAAGAAAUUCACAUUUUCGAAAACAGUUCUUUAACUAUGCAGGAGCAUUGUGCAGGAUUCCACUAGCUACGUAAAAUAACGGUAUAUAGGUGCAUCAUCUGGCCUUUGUACCAGUGGAAAGGUUACGAAUAAGUCAAAAUAAAUUCCAGUGAUAUGAAAUGGACAGGUCAAAGCCAUCAAACAAAACAUUUGACAAACUUCUUGAUAACAUUACUAUAAAAGUGUUUUGCAGGGGGCCAAGCUUCUCUGCACCCCUAAUAAGAAAAUGUUGUACUCACAUCCUACUUAUUUAUACAUGCUAAUUGCAUGGGUACACAAUCCUGGGGGGAAAAGUUAAAUCCAGUAAGAGAAAGAAAAGUAGUUGCACUACUGCAGAGUUGUAGUACACCAAACUAUUGUACAAACUUUCCAGGACUGAUCAGGGUGGGGAGUUUGGAUUAGGAAGUUUGCAUUUUAAGUGAUACCAUUCACAGAACGGAAGAUGUGCCAUGAUGAAGCAUCUGUCCAGGUGCCAGAAGUGUACCUUACUAAUUGAUGAAUCAUCUGUCCAAGUCCCAGAAGUGUACCUUACUGAUAUUCCAAGGCAUUUAAGAUGCUUUAUACUCUAAGUUAAUAGUUAAUAUGCGCAGACUCUUUACACUUCUGCCAUCCUGUCUUGUGUAGUACACAGUACUAUAGUCCAUGCAUAUGUGUAAUGCUUAUAAACUACAUACGUCAGUCUGUAGGCAAAGUAGCAGGCAGCUUCUAAAUAAACAUCAUGACCAGCUGUCUAUAUGAACUGCUAGUAAAUGAGUGAUCAUGUGCACAGCCUACAAGGCAGGCUGUAGAGCAAGGAGUAAGGGAGCAGUGUAAGGCCCAUAACUGUGCAUCCUGUGACUCUGAGCUCAGAUGUAUGGACAGAGUAACUCUAUGCUGGUGGUACAUCAGACUAUUAGCCUUAUUCUGAGCUGCAGCAGCUUAAAUGUCAGAUUGUAUAAGAGUCAUGAGUGCAGGUAACAGGACCCACUAUGUUAGAAGAUGCAAAAAAAACCUUUGGUAAUAUUUCAGUGUAUUUUUCUAGGUCCCAUCCACCUUACCUGCAAACCAUUAAGCUUUCUCCUCUCAGACUUGACCCCAUUCAUUCUCUACAUGGGGAUAUUUUUCUCCUUCAAAUUCCCUAGAGUGAGAGCCAUCCAGGUGAUUCAUCUUCCAGACAAAUUUUAAGGAGUUUGGUACUCAAAUUGGUAUUGUAGCCAUGACAGCAUUUUGUAUGAAUGGCUCUAACCCUCCCCUAGGGAGAUGACAUGGGUACCUACUGCACCACAAGGUCUGCAAACAGUGCCUCCAGCAAUUUGCAACAUACUGUCAUAAAUGCAACAUUAAAUGCUACUAAAAUGACUCUGAUGGUCAGGCCCAUGUCAACCCUUCAAUGGCCCGUGUCCAUUUGAUCCCAACUUUGUCCUCCCGCAGGGAUCUUGGAUUGAGUUUAGUAGUGAGUAUGACUGUCUGCAGCCCAUCACCUUCCCCCAGUGGAUGGAUGGACAUGCCCAUCCUUCCUUGCCAUGCUGUCCAGUACCUGAGUCACUAAUCAAACCCUGAUUGCCUGGUCACUCAGUGAUGUAGAACAAUAAAGCCAUAUCUACAAGCCAGCUGACUUGGGUUUGAUUAUCGAGUCAGCUGGCUGAUAGAGUGGCAGGAAGGGAUGGAUGUUACCAUCCCAGGGUGGAGGGAGGGUGUUCUUAAGUGUGUUCCCCACAGAAUGAUCCAUGGUGGAGGCUUGGAAUGGGCGAUGAAGGUGGCUAAGUCUUAAGAGGGAUUAAGGUGGAGACAUUGACUUGAGCUGUUGCUGAGGUGGUGCAAUAUAUCAGAAUAUCAACACUGAAUACCGACCCACUGGACACUACUAAGAGACCAUAGGGGAGAGGAGAAAUGGGUUAGGGCAUUAAAUUAAAAAAUCCCCUUGCAGAUAAUGAGAUGGUGAGAUGAAGAGACCCCCUCCUCAGGAUGCCCUUAGAUCAAUGCCAGCCCCAGUCUACACAUAGGAAAAUCUGACGGUGAUAAGGAGAAUGCUAGUAGACUAAAGCAAUGGGCAAAGGGUUGUGAAGCCAUAAGAUGACUCAAAAGGGGAACCAAAAAAUGUUUGCCUGAGUUAUAGCCAGGAUGUUAUCCCUCUACACUACCAGUGUGUCACUUUUAAUAAUUUCUCUUCACAGUUUUGUUUGGCGCUUUUACAGGCUUCGUACUUCAGUCAUGGAGUCUGUUCAGCAUAACACUACACCGAUUAUACUGAAAAAGGUAGGAUUAUUAAAAUGGUUUCCACAUAUUUUUUUCAGCAAGAAUGACUGAAAGUAGGGGAAAUUUGGCCAUGGCAUAGGAGAACUCCCCCUAUUCUUUUUGAGAGGUGCCACAAAAUCUUUUAUAGCUGUGAGCUACCAGCAAAUCAAGUGGAUGGGACCUUGGUUUAAUAUCUUAUCCAAAGGAUGACACACUCAAGAGUGCAGCAUUCCCCUAAUGCUGAACUUCAUUGUCAGCAAUCCAGUCACCUGGACUGGGAAAAGAACCUGCAACCUUCUGGCCUUUCAACACCAAAGGCAAGUGUGCUACAUAUUGCACCGCUGACAAAACAUUGUUAGUCUGCAUUUGUAUCCUGCACCAUGUUUGCAUUCUGUACCUGGCUCAUUUCCAAGAGUGGAGGAACAGGAUCUUAACCAAUGUGCCUCUGUAGGUAGGUUUGUAUCUCAGCUGAAAAGAAUUUAAAACCAUCAGCAACCACAUGCUACUAGCUUCCUUCUCUGCACAAGACAGUUUGACAUAUCAUGGAUGUGUUUUUUAGACUAAUUAGGGUGUGAAUAUGAAUUAGGUUAAUACACUUCAUCUUACAGCUAGCAAGGGAGCCUGAUAAAGCUUUGUAUAUAUAUAUAUAUAUAUAUAUAUAUAUAUAUAUAUAUAUAUAUAUAUAUAUAUGAUCAAAAAAGUAUAGCUAGAAAAUGUAUAUUCAUAUACCAGGCAUUCAUCUUUCUGCUAAGCCGAAACAAACUGUUAGUUUUCUGUGCAGAUUAGCUAACUAAGGACUAUUUGCAUGUUUUGAAAAAACGUUGCAUAAGGUAAACUUUAGAAAUAAUUUAUCAGUGCAAACUCCAUAGCAUGUCAUCCAGUGAUCUAUCUUUUUUAAGCAUUCUGAUUUAGCGAAACCUCUUUUUUCCUGAGAAACUUUUAUGGAAAAGGUUUGGCCUUCUUAAAAACUUUGCGUUCACAAAUAAAAAUGCCAGUACACUGAUGAUAUAUUAACAGCUGCUAAGUGGUAAUUGUUGGUAUGCCUUUACUACUGAAAAUGGCAGGCAUUUUUCUAGGUUAAAAACAAGCACAGUUACUUAGUUUUCUCUCUCUCUGUGUCCAGCCAAUUCAUGUAGAUUAUACCAAUUCAGAUCCUUCCCAGAGCCAUAUGAUGAAAGUCUACAACAAAUAUUUGCAUUUUGUAUUUAAACUGCUUCUUUAUAAAAUAUUUAAUAUAUAAAACAUUCUCAUUUAUUUUCAGCAGAUAUUUCCAACAAAAAAUUUAAACACAGUGUAAUAGCAAUGAACCCCUUUUGAUGUGAGUUAGGCUGGAUGUACCCAAAUGUGACUGUGAAUUUCAUAACUCAGACUUCACUCUUAUGGCCAAACCAUGUUGGGCCUUUGUAGAGCCAGUGUACAGAUAUUUAGUGCCAUAAUCCUGCAAACACAUUUCUAACCAAAGAGAACUCAUCUAUAGGACAUAAAACAUGGCAUAUUAAAAAAUGGAAUGAGACACCCUGGAGCAACAAACUUACAAAUCUGAUCUAAUCGGACAAUAAUAACAUUGUUGGUGAUGUGGAAAGACAGAGUAACAUGCUUUUAUAUGAGGUGUAAUGCACAAAAAUAAGUUACAUGCAUAUGCUGAAUUUUCUGUACUGCCUAAUAAGUCUGGCAGAGCACUUCAGGGGACAUACUUAACUGAAUAAAAUAAAAGACUUACAUCAAGAUAGAUUGUGGAGUUUUCUACAAGGUUUACUUUUUGCUUGUUUAUUAAUAACACCAAGUGCUAAUUAAUAAUCCCAAGAGCUGACCAAACUAUAUAAAGUAAAUAUAGAAAUCUUGUUGUUAUAUUUUUUAUAGUUGUUAAGAUUCUAUUAUCAAAAAUCAUAUGUGUAGGUCCUUGUAAUCCUUGAGGAGGUAAUAUAUUUGGAAAUAUUUUUCCAGUGUGUUAAUUUGUGAUAAUAAAAGUGUUAUUGUAACUGUUACCGUAAGUUUACAUUCUGUAUGAUUUUUGCACCAGAAUGUAGUGGCGUCUAUUUUUGACCUGAAUAAAUGAAAUCAUUUGAAAAGUUA